CUUGUUGCUCAUAUAUAGGCAUGAGGCAGAGCAGCCUGGUUCCCCGACCUAAUUGUCAGCAGACGUGCUGGGAGCCGUAAGACUCAUCUCCAAACCGGGCUGAUGUUACGGACAAUGUAUUGCACCAUCGAUGGGCAAAAUCACCCAAGAGGCCAGGAUAGCUAGUCAUGAAGCAACCAUGGGACGACGGGUUCCAGAAAACAUUCCGAAGCCCCCGGGCGCCACAGAUUCGGCGCCGAUCGCGUCAUCGCGACUGGAAACUGUGGGGAAGGACAUCGACCCAGCUUGCGACUGGAUAGAUGGAAUUGUCCGCCAUCAUACCUCACAAGUGAAUCUGAGAGAGCAGAUGGCAAGUACAUGCGCUGCGUCGUCAAUUGGCAGCGUCACACCGACAUUUGGAGACGUGGACAUGGUUUCAUGUUGUGGUGGUGGUAGAAGCAGGAGCUGUUCUAGAUUCAGGGGGGCGGCGUUCGGGGGUUCUUCCGCCUCGCAGAUCAUAGAUCCUAGUGCUGGUGCUGGGGGUAGUCAACAGGCGACCAUUUGGAUGGGGUAUCGAGAUAAAGUGAUGCAACCAAUUCUCAGAACUCACAGUCGGUAUCACAAGCUAGUGGAGAAGUAGUAUCGUCGCAUAUGUCAUGGUGACAACCCAGCAAAGCCGACUGAUGCCGAGUGAGUAAACCCAGUCGGACUGAUUGAUAAGACGGG